AUGGAGGUUGACAGCUCGAAACCAGAAGCUGCCCUUGCUUCGACCGACAAAGCACAAUCUCCUGCUUCAUCCGCAAGGCCCAAGAGAAAGACUGCAGCCAAGGUGAACUACAAAGAAUCCGGAGAAAACGACGACUUCUCGAGGUUUCAGACCAAUGAGCAAUCCUCUAAGACCACUGGAUCAUUCAAGCAGCCAAAAAAGCAGCAACAAAAUUCGAAGGUGAAAACCUCGAUUCCGGGACCCUCCUCUGCUAAUGGUAUCGUCGCUCCCAGCAAUGGCAAUCAUUCACAAUCGCCAACCACGCCGAACGGUUAUCUUUCUGUUGAUGAUGAAAUACCGCUGAACUGGCAGCCUCCCAUUCGUUCGGUUGACCGGUUCAACCAUAUUUUGGAUUUGAAGACUGCAAAGGUGGAGAACAACGUGCUUACCAUGAAGGACGGUACCAAGGUGCGGAAGAAUGACCAUAUCUACAUGGUUUGCGAGCCCCCCGGAGAACCAUAUUAUAUUGCCCGAGUCACAGGCUUUGUGAAAAAGGAUAAGGCCAAUUCCACCAAAAAUGCCAAAAAUUUCAAUUUCAAAGUUUGCUGGUUUUACAGACCGCGUGAUCUGAAUAGACACUCGGUGGACUCUCGUCUAUUGUAUGCUACUCUGCACAGCGACGAAUGUCCGAUCCAAAGUUUUAGAGGACUUGUCACUGUUAAGCACAAGAUUGAUAUUAAAGACCUGGAUCAGUACAGAGCAAGCGCAAAUUGCUUCUACUUCGACAAACUGUAUGACAGAUACAUGAUCAAGAUGUACGAUGUUCUUCCCACGGUGAAACUGAUCAAUUUGCCAACUGACUACUACAAGGCUUUGAAUAAGAGAUACGAAUUUGUAUUCGUGGAGGUUGGCCGAGGUUCCGACUUGAUGACUGCUCCAAAAAAUUGUGAGAAGUGUUCGCAAUGGUGUUCGUCAGCUGACUCCAUAGACUGCCAUAAGUGUGGAAAAUACUACCAUAUGCUGUGUCUUGAUCCACCAAUAUUCAGCAAGCCUAAAAGAGGCUUUGGUUGGUAUUGUGCCAAAUGCUCCAGGGACUUGGAGAUCGAGUUGCAUGAGAAAAGAGGAAAAAUGCUGGAGCAAUCGGGGUCUUAUCAGACCGACUCGGACAUGGAAUUAGACUCGGAAUCCAUGGAUGACCAAGCUUCCUCGGACCAGGAUCAGCGAAGAGCAGAGUCAGAAGAGGAUUCUGUUCCCAAAUACGAGAGAAUGGCCGCACAAUUUUUGGAAAACGAUUCUAAGUUGAGUCUGAAACAGAGACGUGAUCUGGAAGAAUGGCCGUAUCGCUAUCUUGGAGUUCAUGCCAAAUUCGAGGAUGCCUUGGAUCUCCAGGAUCGUCCAUACCCAUUGGCUGCUUCUAGACUGGGCACUAGACAUCAAUGCACGGGAAUCCCUGAAUGGUUUGACCAUAUCGUUCAGUAUUACGACAAAACUGAACCCAAAGGGAAACCCAAGAAAUCGGCCAAAACAUCUAAACGUGCCAAAGGUGGGUCUCCUUCGCCUUCGCCAGAGCAGGACGAGAAGCCACUACCUCCUGUUCCCGAAGAGUUCAAGGAUCUGGAUCCGGUAGAAUAUCCUCCGUGGUUGCAAGAGAGGCCCAAGGGCUAUGUGGAGAGAGGUGGUCAUGACACUUCCGUAUUAAUGUGGAGACAGCCCGAUUCAGAGGAGGCGCAAGAGAUGGUAGCCACGUACGUUGCGAACUGUGCACGUUAUGCUGAGUCACUAGGACUGCUUCGUGAUACCCCUAAUUUCAUGGAUGCCAUAUUGAAGGUUCUCUUGGAUAACGCAUAUGAUCCGGAGAAGGCCAUCAAGGUAGUCGCAAAGUUCACUCGAGAAUCGCUAAUGGAGCCAACAUUUUCCGCCGAAGAAGUGGCUAAGUUUGAAGCAGCUGUCAGAAAGCACGGAAGCGAGCUUUACCCGGUCUACAAGGAGGUGGGCUCGCAGUCCAGUGCCAAUAUCGUGAGGUUCUAUUAUCUGUGGAAGAAGACGCCGAACGGCCAUGCUAUCUGGGACAACUAUGAGGGAAGGCCCAAGAACAGGCUCAAGAACCAGAAGUCCAAGGGCGAUUUGGACGACUCGGGUGAUGAUUCCGCAUUUGACCGCCAGAAGGUGAGCAAAUGCUCAAGAGACUUUGAGUGCAAGCAUUGCCACACCACCAAAUCUCUGCAAUGGUUCCGUGUUUCUGGUGUUUCGCAGGAUAAUAAGAAAGAGCCAAUGUUGGCGCUGUGUUUCCGCUGUGCCAGACUGUGGAGACGUUACGGUGUGGAAUGGGACGACCCUUCUGAAGUUACCAAGAAACAGCCGCAAAAAAGCAACUGGAAGCGCAAAGUCGAGGCCGAGCUACUGGAAGAUGCUGAAAGGGUCCUGGCAGCCAGGGCGAAAUAUAGAGCCAAUCCAAAGAAGAUUUCCGGAGUUCAAGGCGCUUCUUCUCCUCUGAAGAGAAAGUCCGUGGGAGACGUUAAUCCUGAGGUUGAGGAUUUGCCUGUGACACCAAAGAAAACGAAGCCCGAUGGAGGGCUUCCGAGACUCAAGAUCGAGAAGCCAAAGAAGAAAUCUUCUCCGGUCAAGCAGGAGCAGACAGACCAGGCAUUCACGGUAGUGAUGGAUGUUCCGGAUAUUUCGAGUGUGAUUCUUCGUCAAAAGGAACAACUUCUUCAGAUAGAGAAGUGCAAGCCUGAAAACAGGCUAAAGGAACGAUACGACAGCAAGUUCAAGGUGCCUAUUCCAGAUUUUCUGGAAGAUGAAGAUGCCAAGAAGACGGCCAAUCGUCCAGCUGCGCCUAAAAUGCCUUUGCUGUUUCAUCCUUCUUCAAGACCAUGCUGUGUUUGUCGGGAAACUAAUUCUCCAGAAUCUGUUGUGAUUUGCAACAACUGUGGACUGAACGUUCAUGCCAGUUGCUAUGGGGUGAAAUUAUUUGACAGCAUUGACAAAGAUCCUUUCACCAAAGUGUGGUAUUGCGAUGUCUGCAGUAACGAUUGCCAUCCAGUCAUUAGAACUCAAUACUCGUGCUCUUUGUGCCUGGCCAGAGAGGUGGACCACGAUAGUGCCAUCAAAGGCUCCAAGAGUGCCGUUCCAGAUGCUCUCAAAAGAACUGAGAACCACAGAUGGUGUCAUGUGAUGUGCUCUAUGUUUUCACCUCAUUGCACAUAUGGGAACGCACAGAUGCUCCAGCCAAUUAAAGGCAUUGAGGAGACUCUCCUUCAGAACGUGGGAAAAACCUGUUGGGCAUGCCAGACCCACGGAGGCUCUCUCACGAGAUGCUCUCUGUGUCCAAAGAACCUCCACGUGACAUGCGCUCUUGACAUACCCGGAAGCGUCGUGAAGCUCAUCAUUAACACCGACGUGAAGGAUAAGACCUCCCUGAGGGUUAGCGGACGCGGCUUGGUUGGAAAGCCCAGACCGGCCAUUGUGUGUAACGAUCAUAGUGCGGAGGAGCUUAGCCAACUGAAUUUAGUAAACUUCCGCGAUAUGGCCACUCGGGGAAAACAGGGCGAGUCCAAGACGUUGAUUGAAUGGUAUAUGGAAGAUAAGGCUGAUCACGAAGGGCUGAUGGGUCCCAAGUCUCGGGCUGCUCAAUACUUGCGUUUGCAAAAAAUUAACGCGGAAUUGGCUCCAGUUGUGAGUAUCAAGAGCGAGGACGAACAGCCCAAGGGCACCACCAGUUGUGGAAAAUGUGGAACACACCUUGCUUUCAGAUGGUACAAUUCCGAAAACGACUUGAAGUUGUGUCAUCUUUGUCAUUCCAGGGCCUCUUCGGAAGAGGAAGGUGAUGAUAUUGAAAUCCCCAACCUGCUCACUGCCAUAAGAGCACCUCUAAAUGGUUCAAAGUUUGGAAUUUCAUCGCCUUUGGAUCAUAUCAGGAUUGUACCCCAGGAGGUACAUCCAGGCCCUUCCUAUAAGAACGGGAAAGUUUCCAUCAGUGAUUUGCUAGAUUGA